AUUGCGGUUUUAACAGGACAUCAGCUGUGUAGGCUAUGUGUCGUUAGUUAAAUUUGUUAUGCGCGUAUUUGUAAUAAAUGUUCUUGGAAUCAAGCUGCAGUGCGGUUACGCUUUUGAGAGGGGAACAAGCCACUGAACACAUCGCCUUACAAGAGCAGUGGACCUAUUACGAGGGCCUUCACGAUUGUCACUAAAACCAUGUCAACUGGUGGUGUGUGACCGCGUGUUACUGGACCUGCUAAUCCGACUCACUUGCACAGAAUCGUUGUAAUAGGAGUCUUUUAAUGUAUUUCUACUCAAGUGGUGGUUUAAAGUGUGGAAUAUAUCAAUCUAUAUUGUCACUGGAGCGGUCCGUCUUUGCAAAGAUUUAAGCAUGGUUGCUCUGCAAUCCGCAGUUGGAGACUAAUUCCAAAGUUCAUUCUCGAUUGCUGAUAUUCAAGACAUUAACUGGAAUGGAAUUUUUAUGGAUAGUGUUCCUCUUAUUUCAUGGUUUAUUGUUGUCGGAUUGUGCACGAGGUCCUCCUCGGGUAGCUGAGAAGGUCAGUCAUCGCCAGACAGUGCGUGCUGGUCGCACCAUGAAGCUGCUGUGUCCAGUUGAAGGCGAUCCACCGCCUCUCAUCAUGUGGACCAAGGAUGGGAGGAAUAUCCACAGUGGGUGGAUGCGCUUCCGCGUCCUGCAGCAGGCCCUGAAGAUUAAGGAAGUGGAAGCAGAGGAUGCUGGGACAUUCAUUUGUAAGGCCACUAAUGGCUUUGGCAGCAUCAAUAUCAACUAUACACUCAUCGUCAUUGAAGACUCAAGCACAGGGAAGGAAACACCAAGUACAGUGGGAAGCUUGGACUACUCAACCCAACUGGCAGGGAAACAGGUACGACCCAGGUUUACCCAGCCAACAAAAAUGCGCAAACGGGUGAUUGCAAGGCCUGUUGGGAGUUCGGUACGGCUCAAGUGUGCUGCUAACGGGAACCCACGGCCAGAAAUCAUGUGGCUAAAAGACAGCAAACCUUUAACCCCUGAGGAGAUUGGUGAAGGCCGUAAGAAGAAGUGGACCCUUAGUCUGAAGAACCUUACCCCAGAGCAUAGUGGCAAGUACACUUGCCAUGUAUCAAAUGGUGCUGGGGAGAUCAAUGCCACCUAUAAAGUGGAAGUCAUACAGCGAACAAACUCCAAGCCCAUUUUAACUGGUACACAUCCAGUGAACACCACUGUAUCCUAUGGUGGGACCACGUCUUUCCAGUGUAAAGUCCGUAGUGAUGUCAAGCCAGUCAUCCAGUGGUUGAAGAGGGUAGAGCCUGGUGAUGAGAGCAAAUAUAAUUCCACCAUUGAAGUUGGUGAUCAUCGCUUUGUUGUGCUGCCCACUGGUGAAGUGUGGUCUCGACCAGAUGGCUCCUACUUGAAUAAGCUACUCAUCACCCGUGCAAAAGAGGAAGAUGCGGGCAUGUAUAUUUGCCUUGGUGCCAAUACCAUGGGCUACAGUUUUCGCAGUGCAUACCUUACAGUGUUACCUGACCCCAGCCCGCACCACUAUACUAUCCCCACGACGAUGUCCCCCAGCCUACCCUGGCCCGUCAUCAUCGGUAUCCCUGCUGGAGUGGUCUUUAUUCUUGGUACUAUCCUCCUUUGGCUUUGCCAAUCCAAAAAACAAUGUUCCCCCGGCACCACUGACACAAGCCAGGUAAUGCCAAAUCAGAAUCGCCAACCUCCUCGCGAUUGGGGUCCAUGUACAUUGUCUGCCAGUGACAAGGAACAGAUGGGUUCAUUUAGUUAUGAGGAGUAUGUAGCCCAGCAACAGCAAUGUUUAUUGCCCCAAGGAGGUGCACCCAAAGUCUACCCAAAGAUCUACACGGAUAUCCACACACAUACUCACUCACAUGUCGAUGGUAAAGUACAUCAGCACCAACAUAUCCAUUAUCAGUGUUAAGCACCCUGAGGCCAACCUCACUCUAAAUGUCACACUGUGAAUCACACUGUUUAAGAAACCACUGACUGAAGCUACAGACAUGUUUUUCUAUAAUUUCAUCCAAUAAUUGUCAUUUCGAACUUGCUCUCACCUGAAACCAUCUGAUCAAGACCUACAAUCAUUGACAUCUGGAGAACGUUUCAUAGAUGACAUCAAGACAAGCAAAAUAUAGCAAAAAGGAAUGAAUGGAAUGGAAGGACUUUUCCUGGCAAUCCACUCAAAAAGUACAUGAAUGGAAUAAAUGAAUGUAUAACAUUGCCAGAUCUUCACAAGUUGCAUAAUGGAUACCACAGAGGUUAAUUUACUUUCUGAUCACUAUUAAUAAUCAUUAUGCUUUAUGAUGACUCGAGUACAAUAAUUUCUGGUUUUCCAGGGAAAUCUGUGAUGCAGUUCACAAAAGCUGAAUAAUGACUGUUGACCUACAAAACACCGCUUUUACCCAGAACAUUGGCAGCUUGUAGUAUGGAUACUUUACAUUGUACACGUUACCGUCUGGGAUCCACAGUACUUCUGAUAUUGUAAUAUUCUUGAAAAUGUGUUUGGUUUAGAAGAGUAAUGAUGAGUCAUGGUUCAUGUCAGCACUAAUAAUGCUGAGAUAAAUGACUUUCAUCACAUUAUUUUUUUAAUAUAGGGUUACAGUUUCCCUUUAUGUUCUUUGCACUUUCAGAGAUUUUUACCUGGGUCUGAUAAUGUUUGGAAAACUUCACAUAUAACAGUGGCUAUUGGACCAGGUGCUACAAUGUUUCUAUCUGACCAAAAUAAGCACUAUCUAUGUUUUGGUAAAAUACCCUGGUUAUUUGUCCUAAUUACUAACUUGCAUUGACUGAAUAUAGGGAAUGAAUAUUAACUAUCUCCCUCUAAAAUAGUCUAUUAGGUGAAUUUAUUAUUAGCCUACGUUUGCACUGUUGGUAGGUCAUUAACAGCUAUUUAACAGAAAGGAGAAGACUACUUUGCAUGUCACACUCAUUUGGUGCCCUUUAUUCUGGACUAUGUGUUGAUGUGGUUACUGUAGUAAAGUUUCAAUUGAGUCAGUAGGUACAGUAGAUGCCAUUUUGUAAAAAUGUACAGUAAAUAACUCAAAAUUCCAAAAUACUUCCUUUUACAUAAACUAUAUCACAUGUUGGACAAAAUGACCAUCAACAUCUGCUUUCUGGGACCAUGUUUGGAACCUUCAUCUCCAUAAAUCUCGAGUUCACUAGGGUUCAUGCCAUCAAUACUACAGUGCUUAUCAAGCUGAGAUAUAUUUGUAUUUCAUGCUGUAACAAACAAGCACAUUUGAAUAAAAAUACAUUUUGUACUUGAAAGGUUGCUACAGUAUCUCAUUGUUUUGUCAGGAUCUGGUCCAAUAGUCACAACCCAAUACUCAUACAUGCUCUCACUUUUGGAUACAUAGGUGUUCCUUAUACUCAAAAAGGUGUUACCAUACUUACCCCUUUUGAAUGUGCGGUUAUACUUUUGCUAAUAUCAAAAGGCAUUAUCUGAACCGUUAAAUGAAACAGCAUAAAAUCAUUUGAUAGCUUUAUUAAGUCUUAAAACACUUUUCAGAAUAUGGCUAAUGUGGAUUAUGAGACUGAAAUCAGAAUGGACAACUAUGGUAUCCAAUUUUGAACAGUGAUUAUAAAGCAAACAUGAAUUUAUUUGUUAAGCAAGAAAUGUUACAUGAAAUGGGGCAUUACUGUAGUAUAUACUUGUUGAAAUCACAAAUACAGAAUUUGUUGGAUUGUGUGAACAUAAGCUAUAUACUGCAGCACACAUCAGAUGUACACAAGUUGUCUUGGGACAGUGUCCUGGUAAAUAUCAUAUAUGCAUCAUCUAAUAUACAAUAUUAAUGGCAUUAUUUUAUCAUUUAAACCCAUGCUAUAGUGUCCUGUCAAUGUGCUUUUGAAAAGAAUACGGUUUGUGCUGACAAACACAAGCUACUCCUGCAGCUUCUUUUAAUGAGUUCUUGUGUUCCUCUUUCUAUGAUUGAAAUAUCUAAAAGUAUUUAAAAGUUAAUAUUUCAAUGUUUAAUCAAUUAAUGAAAUGAAAUAAAAUCAAUCCAUUAAAUCAGUGUUUGAUGGGUGAAAAUUAUAAUGGAUGUGCCAUGUGAAACAUACUUUUAAUUUAAUAGAUGCAAAUAUACAGUAAGACUGUGAGCCUUAAGACUGCAAUAAUGCAGCUGAGGAUGAACUGCAGUGAUAGCACUUCUUAAAAUACACACACUACUGUGAUUUGGGGUGUCUCAGUGCAAUUAUAGAUCUACUUAUGAACUAAUGGUCAGACUACCCACCUUGUUCCUUGUUUUAAAGCAUGUUUGGGGAGCACUGCAGAAGCAAAACUUAAUUUAUAAAUGCUGUAAAACGGCUUGUGAAUAAAAUCACCAAAGCCACAUGUUCACACUGGGAGGUUUCCACUGCUCAGACCCUCUUAAUCAUUUUAUGCAUUAUUUGUUAUUUGUAAUGCUAAAAAUGCUGAUCCCCCCCCCACCUCUUAGUCACCAAGUUGAUUUGAGACAAGCUGUUGUUGACAUUACGUUGUGUGUAUUUCAAAUACGAUGUCAAAUGUUUUGAAAUUAUUCAGGGAUAUAAGCUGAUAAAUAAACAUAUCUUUCUUCCUAA